GAAGAGCAGCGACUAGGAGCCAGCAGACACAUACUGAUACGCAGCAGCGACCGUUGGAGGAGAGGGGAGAAAUAAUAAAUAAAAUACAGAGCACGACUUUCUGAAAGUACGAUUCUGUCGAAUGAAUACGUUUACAGUGUUUAAAGAGACCAAUGCAUACGAGAUAUUGGCAGUAGACACACCGUGCCGACAACCAGUCUGGUAACGUUAGCUAUAAACAGUCAAGUGGUGCUAAGGGAGGAGGACAGGAAAUAAAGGAGUCACCUGGAGGGUCUCCGUCAAUCAACAUUUCAGUUGGAGCGAGAGAGAAAAAGGGACGGAGGGAGAGAGAAAAGAAAAGAGGAGUGCGAGUCCCGUCUGCUCUUGGCAGCUGUUCCAGCGGCCUGUUUCAGUGUUUUGGCUGUUGUUUCGUUCCUGCGUUACCUUUUUUGAUGAAUCGACUCAUAUUUUUAACUUUAAUGUGAGCUAUAACUGCUGUAAAAAAAAAAAAAAAAAGAAAACAUUAUUACUAGCAAGAGUGUUUUAUUUUGUUCCAUUGUUAAUUUCCAAGGUUCUUUUCGUUUGUUUUUUUCUUUAUCUACCAUUUUUCUCGGCUGUGAGUAGCAGGAGAUUCCACUCCAAACUAUAGUCGAACCCCCUUCCUUAUCUAGGUAGGACCUGAUAACCUGGUAUUCCUCAAGCACCUGAAACUGGCAGCUAUUCUCUUUGUGUCUGUGUGUUUGGGGAGCUCUGUGACCACAGCUUAAGCACCACUCAGCCUUUUAGUCACCUAAGCCUAAAUAAAGCCAGCCAGCUCUAGCCUGGUCCAGCACAGUCCAGCCUGCUCCGAUCAUCUGGACAGGAUACUCAGUUCUGUGUGGACGUGAGGAAUAUGACUGCUGAGACUCUUAACUUCGGCCCAGAAUGGCUCCGUGCACUGUCCAGUGGGGGGAGUGUGACGUCCCCCCCUCCUUCCCCUGCCAUGCCAAAGUACAAGCUGGCCGAGUACCGCUACGGCCGAGAGGAGAUGUUAGCACUUUAUAUCAAAGACAACAAGGUCCCCGAGGACAUGCAGGAUAAGGAGUUUGCUGCUAUUCUGCAAGAUGAGCCCAUGCAGCCACUGGCACUGGUGCCUCUCACUGAUGAGGAGCAGAGGAACUUCUCCAUGUCUGUGAACAGUGUGGCGGUGCUGAGGCUUAUGGGAAAAGGGGUGGGCGGCGCCGUCGCCCCAGCUGGAGUGGUCCGAGGACGAGGGGCCGCGCGAGGUGGUCGAGGGCGAGGUCGUGGUGAGGGGGGAUUCUACCAAAGAAGUAUUGAAGAACCGGAGGUGGGUUUUGGACGCAGCGUCCGAGAGAUUCAUCGCAGCCAAAGCUGGGAUGACCGGGGUGAGCGUAGAUUUGAGAAGCCGCUGCGGCGGGAGGUCGGGCGUCCCGGCUUUGAAGAGCCCGGAGCUCCUGUGGUUCCAGGACGGAAGGAUUUCACAAGGGCUGACAGCGAUAACUGGCGCAUCCUCCGGGAGGAGCAGCAGGAGGAGGAGGAGGCGGCAGCGGCGGCAGGGGCGGGGGUGGGGGCGGAGCCGGGAACCAACUGGAGACUUGCAGGAGUCCGAAGGGAUGAUGGUGGUCCUCGCUCAGCAGGCUGGCGGGAACACACCGGUCCUGGUGAGGGUCGUCGGAGGAAGUUUGAUUACGAUAUCAGGGACGCCGAUGGCCAUGGCGGUGGCCGCAGGCGUGCGGGCAGUGAGGGACUGGAGGACGACCGGGACGGCCUGCCUGAGUGGUGCAAUGACGAGGAGGACGGGGAGAUGGGCACGUUUGACUCCUCUGGAGCUUUCAUGCCUUUGAAGAAGGGUGACAAGGACACAAUCCUGGAGGAGGAAUUUAAGGGGAUAGAGGACGACGAUGAGGAGGAGAGCUAUGCUGACAUGGAGAGGCACAGUGCUGAAGAAGAAAAGGAGAGUAAAGAAGCUGGCUCUGUUGUAGGGGACGACGAGACAAAGCCAGCUUCACCCUCAUCCUCUCCUCCAGCACUGCAACACUGUACCCCCCCAUCUGUGGAGCCUCGGCCCAGCAAUGCAGGCCUAGUGAUGGACAAUCCUCAGUUGAACAACAGCCACCCUGUUAAAGCCAGCAGCACGGCCAGUGAAGGUACCCCCUAUUUCACGUCAGAAGCAACAGACAGAUGGAUUCAGUUAGCAGCUCUCUUAGACAUGGCUCCUGUAGGGGGCUCCAAGAGCCAGCUGAGCCCCAGUGCCCCCCCUUCUUCACGUAUGCCUCCUCCACCUCCUUCCUCUGCUGCUCCUCUCCUCCCUCCACCUGGAGGGGACGCUGAGGAUGACGAGGGCAUGAAGCACCUGCAGCAGGAGGCAGAGAAGAUGGUGGCGUCCCUGCAGGACACUUCUCUGGAGGAGGAGUGCUUCACCCAGGCUCUGCAGCAGCAGCAGGAGAGCAGGAACACAGCCGCCGCGCUGCCGCUGUCACAUGAAGCCGCCAUGAAGUGGUUCUACAAGGACCCACAGGGAGAGAUCCAGGGUCCCUUCACCACGGUGGAGAUGUGUGAGUGGUUCCAGGCCGGCUACUUCACCAUGACCCUGCUGGUGAAGCGUGGCUGCGACGAGGGCUUCCAACCCCUGGGAGAUGUCAUCAAAAUGUGGGGCCGCGUGCCCUUCGCCCCAGGGCCCUCCCCUCCGCCCCUGCUGGUGAGACAGCCACCACCAACGCAGCGCACGCAGCCCACGCGGGGGCCCGCCGGGACUGUGAGUCAGAGCUCAGCCAACGUAGAGGAUGGGGAGGGGAGGAUGCAGAGGAGAGGGAAGCUUGAUAGACAGGUUACGGGAAACCUGGACCAGGACCGCCUGAAAAAGCAGCAGGAGCUGGCAGCAACUGCAGUUCUCUAUCAGCAGCUCCAACAACAGCAGCAGCUAAUCCAGCUCUAUCGUGAGCAGGGUAUGAUGCCUUCGAUGAACAGGUCGAUGUCAGUGCCAGAUACAGGGUCCAUGUGGGACAUGCAUACCUCAGCUUCACAGCCGUCAGGCGGUGAGGCCAGUCUUUGGGACAUAACAAUGAAUCCUUCUACUCAGGGUCCAACUCUCGAACAGCUUCAAAAGCUCCAGCAGGAGAGGAGAGACGCUGAACUCAGGGCGAAGCGUGAGGAGGAGGAGCAGCGUAAAAGGAGGGAGGAGAAGAGGAGGCUGCAGGAGGAGCAGCAGCAGCAGCAGCAGAAGAGGAGGGAGGAAGAAGAUCUCUUCAGACGCAAGCAGUGUCGUCAGCAGCAGGAGCUGAUCAUGAAGCUGCUGCAGCAGACCCCCCAGCAGCAGGGUCCUGGGGCAGGCAGCUCAGGCUGGAGUGGGGCCCCCUCCUCAGGGCUCUCCAAAGCAGGAAAGCCCCCCGCUCUGGCUCUGCUGGAGAUGCAGCAGGAGGCAGAGAGGCUCCUGAAGCAGCAGCAGCAGCAGCAGCAGCAGAGAGCCCAGCAGCAGAGAGAGCGGCACUCCGGCAUGUCGAUGGGGAGCUCCUCCAUGGGCGGGCAGUGGGCGGAUGGUGUUGGCAUGUGGGGCGGGCCUGGAGGGAUGGAGGGUAAGAGCAGCAGUGGAAGCUCUUCAGGCAGCAUGGGCAUGUGGGACGAGGCUGUGAAGAACCAAUCCAGCCUGCGUGGCAACAGCAACAACAACAUGGGCCUGAAGAACAGCCGCAGCAGCCCCUCACUCAGUGAUCAGUACAUGAUGCGUAGGAAGCGGACUGAGGAUGAAGACAAGCUGCUGAAGCUGCUGCAGGGCAUGAAGCCUCAGGACGGCUUCACUACCUGGUGUGAACAGAUGCUGCAUGCUCUCAACACCUCUGCCAACUCCUCCUCCUCCUGCUCAGUGGAUGUUGCCACAAUUGUGGCCUACCUGAAGGAGGUGGAGUCUCCCUAUGCAGUGCUGGAGUUCAUUCGGUCCUACCUAGGGGACACAGUGGAAGCCAAAGAGUUCGCCAAACAGUUUCUGGAGCGACGUGCCAAACAGAAAGCCAACCAACAGAGACAGCAGCAGCAGUUAUCAAAGGAAGUGGCUGGAUUGAACAUGAACUUCCCUCUGCAGGACUCAAUGCGAGGAAUGAAUCCAAGCAACCUGCAGUCCAUGUUUCAAGCCAGCCACAUGGGCAAGUCUGGUCUCUAUGACAACCAGGGAGGGAAGAUGAAGAAGAAACAGCCCAUGAUGCUGCACCCUGACCCCAGCAUCUUAGGGUACUCAUUCCACAACGUGAGCGAGUGUCUGAGCCUGAAUGAGAUGGAGAUGGUGGAGGAUUACUGAUGUGACGCAGCGCAGCAGCAAUAGCUACCUGAGGCCUUCUGUCUUUUAAUCAGACAAACCUGAUGACGAAUGUGCACUGCUGGGGGAACCGGGAGGGGGUAGGGGGGAGGGUUGGGAUUAGAAGGGAGCAAGCGUGAGGGGAGGUGCAAGGUGGAGGCGCCUGGAUCUGCGCCUCCCACUCUCUCCUUCCCUGUGGCUAGAACAAAAAGGGCUCCCUGCUGCACCAGUUGAUCACUUGAGCAGGGGAGAGGGGGGGGUGAUGUAAAAAGGAAGAUGGGUAUCCUCUGGCACUCAAAAGAUUAAGCACCUUAUACUGAACUAAUGCACUUUAUUGAGAUGGGAUUUGAAUAGUUUUUUUCAUGUGUGUGAAUGUGUGCGUGCGUGUUGGGAGUUGGUGCACCUACGUUGUGUGAACAUACACACAUUCUGCGUGCAUGUGCAUCAGAACUGGAAGGGUGUGGUGAAACAGUCGGUGGGUGAAUGGUCGGGCUGUUAGGUUUUCAAAGUCAGGGGGACCUUUAGUUGAAACCUUUAUCAGAGAGUAAAUCCUUUCUCAAAAGACAAACACUGUUGAUAUUUCUCUUGUUUAGCAUUUUUUUUACGUUUAUAUAAAAAGUAAAGCUAUUGAAAAAUGGAUUAUAAAAAAACUUGAAGAUUUGCACUUGCCUAAAAAAGAAAUAACAAAAACAACAAAAAAAUCAAACAAAUGGGGUUAGUUAUAGAAGUGAAUAUUUUUGUGAAUGUGUCUGAAUGACUGAGUGUGUGAUGCUUGGUUUGUGUCAGUAAUAUACCAGUCUGCACAAUGUUUGUUUCUUCAUUCUUUUGUUGCUUACCAAGAUGUAUGAAACAUAAGAGGCCAUUUUUGUCUUUUUUGUUCAAAAGGUAAUUUUGUAUUCUCAUAUUUGGAGAGCGUUUGUGUGUCCCUCCUCCAAACAGGGAUGUGAGAGUGUUUUGAGAGUUGAGUGAGUGAGACACAGAGAGAGGGCAAUUGCACAACACAUCCUUUCUCUCACCAGCUCUUCAUCCCCAUGAUAGACGAAAUAGAAAUGCAUACAUUUGUAAAUGUUAGCUUUGCGCUCAUCACACGAUGACACCACUAGUUUAUUUCCCUUAAGCCCCUCCCCAUGGGGAGCCGUCUGUAGACCUGUGAGGACUAGCAGACAGGGCGAAUCAUGAGGGACAUUACUGUGCGUGCAUCAGAGUGAGACUUUGUAUGUGUGAGUUUUCAUGUUCAUUUACUGUUCAUAGAAAUGAGUUAAGAUUACAGGUACUCAUUUUGAAUACAUGUGCUUUUUUGUAUGUGUAUGAAUGCACAUUUGUGCCUAAGAACUUGGAUAGGGUGCGUGGCCAUUGAGACAUUAACUCUUUUUUGAGAGCGAGUGUGGUGUGUGUCAGUGCUCAGCACCGUGUAUGUAAAGUAUGUAAGUUUAUAUCGUAAAUGUUUCUAGUUCAGUCUAGGGGUGAUCCAUCGGAAGGUUAGUCCAGUCUGUUUUCCUGGGGUGUGAUCACGUUGCCUUUUGUCAGCUCUCGAACUUGUGAAUGAAAGGUGUCGAGAUUCUGACUCUGAAAAAAAAAAAACAGCAUCUUAAUGUGCAAGUGCACAGAAAGGUGCACAAAAUGUUAGUAUAUUGUGUUACUUAUUCGUUGUUGCAAUUUGAUAAUGACGAGUUUUCUUCUUUAAUGAAAAAUAUAUAUGAAUAUAUACAUUAUAUACAAAGUUUAAAAAGUAUUUGGACUAAGAUAAUGAGCACUUGGGGCUGCUAUUUUUGUUGUGUGUUCUAAUUUUUUUCCUUAAUUUGUUUUUCAUUUUUGUUUCAUUAUCGCCAUGUGAAGUGUGUAUUAUUUCUUAAGAAAAUAUUGAAUGUAUUCCAAAAAAAUGACAAGAAACCCGUGCUGAUACCAGACUUUUAUUUUUUUUUUCCUCAGAAGAUUUCAAAAAUGGAAACAAAAUACAAAAAAGCUUCAAAGAGUUUAGCGAGAACUUUUUUUUUUAUUUACACAGUGGAGAACAAGAAAAAAAACUGGGGAUGGAUACAGUUGAACACACUGCCUCUACAAUCCUGGUCGUACAAAUAGUGACUAAGAAUUAAAAGACUCUUUCUAUUCCAUACUGGAGCUUUGGUUGUUUACAAACCACAUGGAUAUCUGUGGGUGCAGUUUUUUGUUAAUUGUUUAUUUUUUUAUUUUUGUUCCCACAUGAGACGGGUGGGGUUUGCAAGUGCGCUUCUGCCAUAUGGACAUUGAGUUGUGUUGGGAUUUUUUUGAGGAAGAGCAACAGGUAUCACAAGAACAUGGACACGAUCCUCCGACUGGACCUCCGUGUAUGGUCAUGGAGACUUGAUGAUCCACCAUGGAGGAAAGGGAGGGAAAUCAAGGAUGGGCUUUGUUUGUAGAGUGCAGGGCUGCAAAACCCUAGAGGGAAGUGAGAAGGCGAUAUGUGUACACCUGGUUAGUGCGCUUGUCUCCACCUCAACUCCCUUAAGCACUCACCUGCCCUCACCAACUCACCUAUGCACUUUUGUUCAUUCAAGCUGUGAGGUACCAUUUUGGGGAUGGGAGCACAAUUACAACAGGAGGAUUGCUACGACUUUGACAAAGUCACUGAAAAAAUUUAUUCCCAAACUGAAAUAAGAGACUCGAGAAGAACGUCUUCUCCCACCUCCUGUAUAUAACCAUAUUUUUGUAUUAUCUUUCGGAGAAGAAAGAAACUUUGCAAAUGGAUGAAGGAUAAUUCAUGAGACGUUGACUAUAUGGAGUGAAUGUUCUUCAAGAAAACCAAUCUUUUUGAGUAUCGUUUGAGAUGGACUCGCUGUGAGUUUCCCUUAGUCUGCCAAUAACCCUGAAAGAAUUGGGGAUGGAAGGGAAAUCAAAAAAACAAGGACUGAGUUUGUUGGACUUGCUGAAGUGGCUCCGAGACGGACUGAGAGUUACUUAUCAAAACGGAUGCUGCAGUCUCGACAAGAAAGUCCCGCCAAGAGUGUUUGAUCAACAUACACAGUCAAGAGGCAGACGUGGGUUUGAAGAUCUUCUCCGAACCUGAUAGCUGACUCCAGAGCUGUGGAGUUACUGCAGGAUGAAAAAUAUUUGGCAAUGGAGUCUGGCUGUGCUUUAUUUGCUGCCCUCUGCAAGGAGGAUCUAAUCUACAGCCAACCCAUGAACCAGUAAACCCUAAACCCUUGAACUUAAACCCUAAGAAACUUUUCUGUCUUGACCUCGGACUCGGCAAGCUGGCAUUAUCAGUUGGACAGUUACAAGAUGAACAGGCUUAUCAACUGUGGAUCCCAUCUGUGUUGGAAGUGCUAGGGUCGGGACUUGAUCUCCCAUGGAGGAAGAGGAUAAAGAGGCACGUAUUGCCCAGAUGUCAUCACCCCACCUCAGCCUGAAGCUCUCAGGCGGUCGCGUGGAGGUCUUCUAAGUGGCGGGACAGAAGACUCAGCUGGGUUGGGUUUCGACGGACGUGUCUGGAUUACAUCAAAGCCACCAGAAAUCCAAGCAGCUGUGGAACUGAAAGAAUUGUACAAAAAAAUAAAACUUUGAAACAUAACACAAACAAGUAGCUACAUGUCACAUAGAUUCUAGUUGUGGACACACUACAUGCACACAUGCAACAGCAACACAUGGUGGCUCUCCUCUGGAACCACACACACACACACAACAGGGCUACACCGACAUUAGAUAACACACACACACACAAAUCAUUGCUCAAUAUAAUCGCUGAGCUUUGUAAAUAAUGUAAAAGUUUGUGUUUUGAUUUUUCUCCCAUAGUGGUUUUGCGUUAUUUCUCUGUUCAACAUGCCUUAAAUUGUAUAGUUCAGCUCUGAACGGCUAACUGAAAAUGUUCUCUAAAAGGUGAAUUUAAGUUGGAAACCGCCUCCUUUAACUGUCCUCUAAAGUUGAAGAGAGAAAGGAGCUUUAAAAAGUUUUGUGUUUGUUGACAGGACAGUGUUCUGUAUUAAUUUGAGGCAUCUGAUCACCAUGAAAGAGACUGUUGGCUACAAAAAGAGCAAGCAGUCUUUGAUUUAAUCUGACUUUGCUGGUGGUUAGCUUCUGUUGCCCUUUUGGUUUCCUUAAAGUUUAGAGUGGAUUUAUUCACAUUUCCUGUUGGAUAAUUGCAACAAAAAAAAAGUGCAGGCUUAAUAAAGGGCUGAAGUCUGUACUGUAUGGAGCUGAGCUGACGGGGGGAUACAAGGAAUUGGCUUAAAACACAGACUUAUUACUGUGUUUGACAUAUUGUUAGAUAUACUGCUCGAGGCAAAACUGAACCAGUGACAGGUCUUCCAAGUUUGGGCUUUUGGUUACUAUUUUUAUACACUCCGGGUGACUAACCUUUUGGAAGCAACUAGAUACUUUUUACAGUUAUAAGAUGUCGAAUCAGUCUUGUGAGAAGCAUGUUUGCAUGAUUUGUAGUAUUUGUGGGUUUUGACGCUGAACCUUGAAGUGCAUAACAGUUUGUCCAUGAUUGCAGUUGUUUUGUAGUGCUGCUGACCAUCUGAAUGCACUGAAUAGAUAAGAACCAAUCAACCAAUCAGUUGUGUAUUAUCCGAAAGUAAGUUAUUUGGAAAGCGUCUUGUUCCUGUUGCGUAUAUUUAAUUGGAUUUGAGAGAUUAAUGCUUUUAGACAACUAGUUGCUUUUUGUAUCAUUGACAACUAAACAAUAUGCAGUUUUUAUUCCAAUUGGCAACUGAGGUUGAAUAUGUAAUAUACUUGUACAUCUGUUUAGCUGAGAUUCUGGUGUAUCGUUACCUGUAAGCUAACUACGAAGUUCAAUGUUGUCUUUAUCAGUUGCCAAAACUAAACAUUGACUUUAUACUAUCAAGUCGCUUAUUUGAGUGACAAAAAAAUAUCUAUGUUUGAUAUUUUUAAAUGCUGAUGUGGUGGUGGUGUUAAUACAGUAAAACAAAGUUGUUUGCAGUUUAUUUUACUGCCCCACGGGUGCUUUUAUGAUUAGGUAAACUGCGAUAUGGUUUCAUCCAAAAGCCCAUCAUAUUUAAUUGCAGCCUUUAAAAGAGAUGCUGUCACUUCCUGUCCACUUAAAUUGGUAAGAAACCUGGUUCAGUUUUGCUAUGGUAACAGAAGGUCUAACAAUAUUGAUUUCAAAUAUAUAUGUUUAAAAGUUAUUGCCCAGUCAGCUCAGCUCCUUGAAUAACAAGUCUUUGAAUGUUGUUGCGAUAACAGCAUAAUGUGAUAAAACUGUUUUGGAGAAGAACAACUGAAAGAUGUGUAAAUAGUUUGGCUUUUGUUUGUUUGCAGAACAAAAUAAAUAGUAAAUAAAUAGCAAUUAGCAGUCA